ACUUGGAAAGAGGCUUCCUUACUGGGACAUUUGUAGCAGGAGCUCCAAACUACCGGCAGCACGAACUAGCCGACCACCACAUCAUCUGCAUCAGGGGCAUCUCCAGGCACGAAACUUCUCUUUUACAUUUUGCCCCCUUUUUAAAUUCUCCAGAUUCAUUCAUGCUUUCCUGAGUCCUAAAGAAUGAAAAUGAAGAUAAGGCUGUCUUUGGCAGCUAUUGCCUUCCUCGCAACCCUGAUUGCCUCGGUCGAAGCUCAAGUUGAACCCCCUGCAGACUUGAAAUUUAAAAUUAUUAAUGAAAAUACAGUACAAAUGUCAUGGAAACGGCCAUCUACUAGAAUACAGGGGUACAGAAUCGUAGUGUUACCGACAACAGAUGGACCUGCCAAGGAACUGAACCUUCCUGCCUCUGCGACAAAAACCUCCAUAGCAGAACUACUUCCAGAUUUAGACUAUGUUGUAACAAUAAGUUCGUAUGACGGGGCAGAGGAAAGCAUACCCAUCUUUGGCCAGCUCACAAUUCAAUCAAAUAGUCAAGCACCUGGUGGACCAAGGAAAAGACCACAGACUGAAGAUGCUCUUAAGUGCUCUGUGAGUGCCAUUGCAGAUUUAGUGUUUUUGGUGGAUGGCUCCUGGAGUGUUGGGAGAGAAAAUUUUAAGCACAUACGGAGUUUCAUCUCAUCCCUUGCAUCUGCUUUUGACAUCGGAGAGGAGAAGACAAGAGUUGCAGUUGUGCAGUACAGCACAGACACCAGGACUGAAUUCAACCUCAAUCAGUAUUAUAAAAGAACUGAACUUCUCAGAGCAAUCAACUCCUUGCCUUACAAAGGUGGAAACACCAUGACAGGUGAGGCUAUGGAUUACUUAUUGAAAAACACUUUUACGGAGGCAGCCGGAGCAAGAAAAGGAUUUCCCAAAAUUGCAAUGAUCAUCACGGAUGGAAAAUCACAGGAUCCUGUGGAGGAAUAUGCAAAAAAGCUCAGAAACAUCGGAGUUGAGAUUUUUGUUCUAGGAAUCAAAGGAGCAGAUGUUGAAGAGCUGAAACAAAUGGCUUCUGGUCCUUUUGAGAAACAUGUCUACAAUGUAGCAAACUUUGAUCUGAUUAAAGAUGUACAGCAUGAUCUCAUUACCCAAGUAUGCGCUGGAGUCGAUGAACAGCUCAAUGAGCUAGUGAGCGGAGAGGAAAUUGUUGAGCCACCAUCCAACCUACAGGUCACGGAAUUGACAUCCAAAUCUAUGAGGGUGACUUGGGAUCCAUCCUCAGGGCCAAUAACAGGGUACAAACUGCAGCUAAUUCCUAUGCUGGCUGGCAGCAAACGACAGGAAAUACAUACGGGGCCCUCGUCCACUUCGAUGAAUGUCCGGGACUUGUCUCCUGAAACCGAGUACCAGAUCAUGUUGUAUGCUCUGAAGGGCCUCACACCUAGUGAACCUGUCAUGGCCAUGGAGAAAACCCAGCCUAUCAGAGUGUCCCUGGAGUGUUCUCUUGGAGUGGAUGUCCAGGCAGAUGUUGUUCUCUUGGUUGAUGGUUCUUACAGUAUAGGAUUAGCAAAUUUUGCUAAAGUCAGAGCUUUCCUGGAAGUCUUAGUGAACUCCUUCGAUAUCGGACCAGCAAAGGUACAGAUAAGUCUUGUCCAGUACAGCAGAGAUCCUUACACCGAAUUUGCCCUGAACACGCACAACAAUCUUGCGUCUGUGCUGAAAGCGAUUCGGACAUUCCCUUACAGAGGAGGUUCGACAAACACGGGCAAAGCGAUGACUUACGUGAGGGAGAAAAUAUUUGUUCCCAGCAAAGGAUCCCGACUAAAUGUGCCAAGAGUCAUGAUUCUCAUCACAGAUGGUAAAUCGUCAGAUGCCUUUAAAGACCCUGCCACCAAGCUGCGGAACACUGACGUGGAAAUCUUUGCAGUAGGUGUCAAAGACGCUGUUCGUGCAGAACUGGAGUCCAUAGCUAACACGCCUGUAGAAACACAUGUGUACACUGUUGAAGACUUUGAUGCUUUCGAAAGGAUAUCCAAGGAGCUCACCCAGUCAAUCUGCUUGAGAAUUGAGCAGGAACUGCUUAAAAUUAAAACAAGAAAUUUAACUGCUCCAGAGAACCUUCAGUUUUCUGAAGUGGGACCUAGAAGUUUCCGUGUCAGUUGGACGUCUGAUGCAGAGAAUGUCUUGUCCUUCCUUGUCACAUACAAGCCAGUUGCUGGUGGAGAGUACAUCUCCAUGUACGUUGCACCAGACACUAGGUCUACUGUCCUGCAUCACCUCACUCCUUCUACCCUGUAUGAGGUCAACGUUAUUUCACAGUAUGAAAGGGGAAAUAGCUUCCCGUUGUCAGGAAACGAGACAACCCUAGAAGAACAAGGAGCACCUCGCAACUUAAGGGUAUCUGAAGAGACAGUAGACAGUUUUCGGGUCACCUGGGAUGCUGCACCUGGGGCCGUGGUCAGGUAUCACCUCUCCUACAGUCCUAUCAGAGGAGAAGCAGAGAGGAAGGAAAUCACCACCAGUGGACCUGAGACCACAAUAGUCCUCCAGGACCUUCUUCAGCUCACCACCUACCACGUGUCUGUGUCUGCAGAAUAUGCUUCAGGGCUGGGAAGGAAGAUGGAUACGAGUGGAACAACUAAAGAAGCCAGGGGAUCCCCGAGAGACCUUCAGGUGUUUGACCACACUGUCUCUAGCAUGAGGCUGUCCUGGACUGCAGCUCCUGGGAGAGUCUUACAAUAUCGAGUCACAUACGUACCCACCGCUGGAGGAGACAGCAAAGAGAUAUAUGUCAAGGGUGAUUCAACUGCAGCGUUCCUGAAGAAUUUGCAGCCAGCCACAGAAUAUGAGAUAUCUGUCAGUGCAGUGUACCCCUCUGGCUCAGGAGAUCCGUUAACAGGACGAGGAACUACACUGGAAGAGCUCGGUUCCCCCCGUGACUUGGUGACGAAAGACGUCACCGACACGUCCUUCGGAGUUUCGUGGGCCGCCGCACCUGGGAACGUGCGGUCUUACAGGAUCGCCUGGAAAUCGGCCUUCACUGAGGAGGCCGGAGAGAAGAGUGUGCGCGGAGACGUGACAGACACCGUUCUGGAGGAACUAACGCCAGAAACCAAAUACCAGAUUUCUGUCUAUGCGGCGUACGGCCAUGGGGAAGGAGAUCCACUUGUGGGCGAGGAAACAACAGACGCUUCUGCGGAGGGAAAGACGCUGUCUGUUUCUGAGGAAACGGAGAAAAGUCUGAGGGUGACUUGGCAGGCCGCACCGGGAGAAGUCGUAAACUACAGAAUCACUUACCGGCCGGUGGCCGGCGGCCGGCAGCUGGCCACCAAAGUGCCCGGAUCUGUAACGACCACCGUGCUCAGGCGGCUGCAGCCCAUGACUUCCUACGACAUCACCGUGCUGCCUGUGUACAGGCGAGGGGAAGGGAAAGCAAGGCAAGGAGUGGGAACAACAUUGUCACCUUUCAAAGGACCCAGAAACCUCCAAACGUCUGAGCCAACCAAGACGAGUUUUCGGGUUUCCUGGGAUCCUGCGCCGGGUGAAGUGAGAGGGUAUAAGGUUACCUUUCACCCCGCCGAUGACGAAGUGAAUCUUGGGGAGCUGCUUGUUGGGCCAUACGACAACACGGUAGUGCUUGAAGAACUCAGGGCUGGAACUAAAUAUUCAGUCAGUGUCUUUGGAGUCUUUGAUGGUGGAGAAAGUUUUCCUUUGGCUGGGGAAGAAAAGACAACUCUUUCAGAUAUGCCUGAACCGCCACCAAUACGUUUUACAGAUGUGGAGUGUAAGACCACAGCCCAAGCCGAUAUAGUUCUGCUGGUCGAUGGGUCAUGGAGUAUUGGGCGUCUGAACUUCAAAACCAUCAGAGCCUUUAUCGCACGUAUGGUUGGUGUCUUUGAAAUUGGCCCCAACAGAGUGCAAAUUGGCCUGGCUCAGUAUAGUGGGGACCCAAAGACCGAGUGGCAUCUCAAUGCCCACCGAACACGAGAGUCUUUGCUGGAGGCAGUAGCCAAUUUGCCUUACAAAGGAGGCAACACCUUAACAGGCCUGGCUUUGAAUUACAUCCUGCAGAACAACUUCAAGCCAAAUGUAGGACUUCGGCCCAAUGCCCGCAAAAUAGGAGUGCUCAUCACUGAUGGCAAAUCACAAGAUGAUAUCAUCAUGAGCUCCCAGAGCCUGCGUGAUCAGGGGAUUGAGCUGUAUGCUGUUGGUGUAAAGAAUGCUGAUGAGAAUGAACUGAGGUCUAUUGCUUCGGACCCAGAUGAGAUCCAUAUGUACAAUGUGGCUGACUUCUCCUUCCUGCUUGACAUUGUGGAUGAUCUCACCAUCAACCUCUGCAACAGUGUGAAGGGGGGACUAGAAGCACCCACAGACCUGGUCACCUCUGAGGUCACAGCUCGGUCGUUCAGGGCCACCUGGACAGCACCUAGUGGGACAGUGGAACAAUACCGUGUAGAGUACAGGCCAGCUGCUGGAGGCAGAACUGAGGAGAUCUUUGUUGAUGGAUCCACCACGACGGCAGUCCUUCCUAAUCUCAAUCCACUGACAGAAUACUUGGUUCAAGUUUAUUCUGUGAGUGGGACCGAAAGCAGUGAUCCCUUGAAAGGUUCCGAAACCACCUUGCCUCUUCCAUCUGUGAGAAAUAUGAAUGUCUACGACAUGACCUCCUCUUCUAUGAGGGUGAGAUGGGAACCAGCGAGUGAAGCUACGGGAUACCUGUUACUGUACAGUGCUAUCAAUGCCACCACGCCUGAAUCGGAGAAAGAGAUGAGGGUUGGAUCUGAGGUGAAUGAUGUCCAGCUGGAACAGCUGCUUUCUGAUACUGCCUACACUAUCUCCCUGUACGCGCUUCAUGGUGAAGCCGCCACUGACCCUCUGACAUCGCAGGGAGUGACAUUGCCACUGCCACCAGCUGGCGAGCUAAGGAUCACUGAUGUCACACACAGCACCAUGAAACUUAACUGGGAUAAAGCACCAGGAAAAGUUCGCAAAUACAUUAUCACAUACAAGCCUGUAGAUGGAGAAGAAGCCAAAGAGAUCGAAGUUGCGGGCAGCAUAACUACAAAGGUCAUUGACAGCCUGACUUCUCAGACGGAAUAUGAUGUAGCUGUUACACCAGUUUAUGACGAAGGUGCUGGAAAUCCAAUGAUUGGACAAGCUGUAACUGAUGUUGUUCCAGCGCCGAAAAACCUGAGGUUCUCUGAAGUCACACAGACGAGUUUCAGAGCUACAUGGGAUCACGGGGCUCCUGAUGUGGCUCUUUACAGGAUCGGCUGGGUUAAACAGGGUGGAAGCGACAUCCAAUAUGCAAUCCUUAACAGUGACGAAAACACCAGUGUCUUGGAGAAUCUAGACCCGAAUACAAUCUACGAUGUUCAAGUUACAGCCAUUUAUCCAGAUGAAUCAGAGAGUGAGGAUUUAAUGGGGAGCCAACGCACAUUGUCUAAAGCUCCAACACCAGCUCCAACAGGUGCCCCGCAAAAUCUGCAGGUGUACAAUGCCACUACAAGUAGCCUAACUGUGAAGUGGGACCCUGCUCCAGGCAGAGUGCAGAACUACAGGAUAACAUAUAUCCCUACAGCGGGGGGUCAAUUACAAACGGUUCAAGUAGGGGGCAGAAGGAACAGCGUUGUUUUGCAGAAACUGACAUCAGACACCCCCUAUACCAUCAGUGUGGCAUCAGUGUAUGCUUCUGGGGAAAGCAAAGAAAUAACAGGAAGUGGCAAGACCAAGCCCCUUGGCGGAGUGAGGAACCUGCAGGUCACUGAUCCCACUACAAGCACUCUGAACGUGCGGUGGGAGCCAGCCGAGGGCAGUGUGCGCCAGUACAGGAUCCUGUACGUCCCAGCCGCCGGGGGAGCCGAGGACAUAGAGCAAGUAUCGGGUGGCACCACUUCCACUGUUCUGAGGAAUCUUCUCCCCGACACAGUCUACAAUGUGGCAGUAGUCCCUGUGUAUGCCGAAGGGGAAGGCAAACGUCUCACGGAGUCUGGAAAGACAUUGGAGCGGAGCCCACCAAGAAAUAUUCAGGUUUAUAAUCCAACUCCAAACAGCUUGAAUGUGCGCUGGGAGCCUGCUUCAGGCCAAGUGCAGCAGUAUCGUGUUGUCUACGCUCCCUUGAGUGGAACAAGGCCUUCUGAAUAUGUUCUUGUGCCAGGAAACACCAACAAUGCAGUCAUUGAACAGCUUAUACCGGACACUCCUUAUUCUGUUAGUGUCUUGGCCCUCUAUGCUGAUGGAGAAGGAUCUCAAGUAACAGGACAGGGCACAACACUGCCUCGCAGUGGACCAAGAAACCUGCGUGUCUUUGGGGCAACUACAGACACCCUCAGUGUCAGCUGGGAUCAUGCAGAGGGACCGGUACAGCAGUACAGGAUUUCCUAUGCUCCCACUACCGGAGAUCCCAUUGAAGAAUUUACUGUUGUUCCUGGAAGAAGAAAUAAUGUCGUCCUACAGAACCUUCAGUCUGACACUCCAUACAGGAUUAAUGUGGUGGCUGUGUAUGCUGAUGGACCUGGUGGCGAACUGACUGGAAACGGAAGGACAGUGGGCCUGCUGGAGCCUCGCAACCUGCGUGUUUCGGACGAGUGGUACACUCGGUUCCGUGUGUCCUGGGACCCUGCUCCAUUGCCCGUGUUGGGAUACAAGCUUGUCUACCAGCCCACAGAUCAGGAUGAAACGAUGGAGGUAUUUGUUGGUGAUGUCACUACCUACACAUUGCAUAACCUGCUCCCUGGUACCACAUACGAUCUCAAAGUCUACGCCCAGUACGAUGGAGGAGCAAGUGGAGCCCUGAUCGGACAAGGAACAACACUGUAUCUGAACGUCACUGAUCUGACAACGUACCAGGUUGGUUUCGACACUUUCUGCAUCAAGUGGACGCCUCACAGAUCAGCUACGUCUUACAGGAUUAAACUGAAUCCUCUACAAGAGACAACAUACUGUUUCAGUGGCCUCUCUCCUGAUGCCUUAUACAAUGCCACAGUCUUUGCCCAGACACCCAACCUUGAAGGACCUGGAGUUAGCGUGAAAGAACGAACCUUGGUUAAACCAACUGAAGCUCCAACUCUGCCCCCGACCCCACCUCCUCCUCCCACUAUCCCCCCAGCUUGGGAAGUUUGCAAAGGUGCCAAGGCUGAUCUUGUGUUCUUGAUUGAUGGAUCAUGGAGUAUUGGUGAUGACAACUUCAAUAAAGUCCUGCAGUUUGUUUUCAACACCAUUGGAGCCUUUGAUGUGAUCAGCCCAGCUGGAAUGCAGGUUUCCUUCGUGCAGUACAGUGAUGAUGCAAAGACUGAAUUUAAACUUAACACUUAUAAUAACAAGGGAAUGGUUUUGUCAGCCCUUCAGCUUGUCCGUUACAGAGGAGGCAAUACCAGAACAGGUGUAGCUCUGAAAUACAUUGCUGAGAAAGUUCUAACUCCAGAGAAUGGAAUGAGAAAGAAUGUACCAAAGGUGCUAGUCGUUGUCACAGAUGGCCGCUCACAAGAUGAAGUUAAGAAGACUGCCCCUGCAUUACAGCAUGCAGGGUACAGUGUUUUCGUUAUUGGUGUUGCGGAUGUGGAUUAUGCAGAGUUACAGAACAUCGGUAGUAAGCCAAGCGACCGUCAUGUCUUCGUGGUGGAUGACUUUGACGCCUUUGAGAAGAUUCAGGAUAAUCUUAUUACUUUCAUCUGUGAGACGGCAACCUCAACUUGUCCUUUGAUAUAUCUCAAUGGAUACACCUCACCCGGUUUCCGAAUGCUUGAGGCAUUCAACUUGACAGAGAAGACUUUUGCCUCUGUAAAAGGAGUAUCUAUGGAGCCAGGAUCUUUCAACAGUUUUAUAGCCUACAGACUCCACAAAAAUGCACACCUCACACAGCCAACAAAAGAGGUUCACCCAGAAGGGUUGCCACAUGCUUACACCAUCAUCCUGACAUUGCGUCUCCUCCCAGACUCACCUUCUGAAGCUUUCGACAUCUGGCAGAUUGCAGAUAAAAGCAACAAACCUGAAGUUGGGAUCACGAUGGAUCCUUCCAGCAGAACACUAUCAUUCUACAACAAGGAUACUAGGGGAGAGAUUCAGAAGGUGACAUUUGACAAUGAUGAAGUUAAGAAGAUCUUUCAUGGAAGCUUCCACAAGCUUCACAUUGCUGUUUCCCCCAAGAAUGUUAAAUUGCAUGUGGACUGCCAGGAAGUGGCGGAGAAAGAAAUAAAGGAAGCAAACAACAUCACGCUGGAUGGCUAUGAAGUUCUUGGCAAAUUGGUGAAGUCCAGGGGUACACGAGGGGAUUCGGCAACAUUCCAGCUCCAGAUGUUCGAUAUUGUUUGCAGCUUAGGCUGGACGAGCAGAGACAGAUGCUGUGACCUGCCGUCAACGAGAGAUGAGGCGAAAUGCCCCGCUCUUCCUCAUGCCUGCACAUGUGCUCAGGAUAGCAUUGGUCCACCGGGGCCUCCUGGACCUACGGGCAGCCCUGGCAACAAAGGUCCUCGAGGUGAAAGAGGAGAAACGGGCCCAGCUGGUCCAAUUGGACCGCGGGGUGAACUAGGCUUACCUGGCCCUAUGGGACUUCCAGGCCCGCAGGGACCCAACGGAUUGUCCAUUCCUGGAGAACCUGGCCGCCCUGGACCAAAAGGUGACCCUGGUGAUUCAGGACUACCUGGGCGCCAAGGACCUCCAGGAUCACCUGGCCCGAUAGGUCCUGUUGGUCCAAUUGGUGGAAGGGGACCCCCAGGAAAAGAAGGACCUGCAGGACCCAGGGGUCCUCCUGGACCAAUGGGAGCACCAGGGACUCCUGGAAUGCCUGGACAAACUGGACAACCAGGGAAACCAGGAGACACAGGACAACGGGGGCCAGCUGGUAUGAAAGGAGAAAAGGGGGAGAGAGGAGACUUUGCAUCCCAGAAUAUGAUGCGUUCAAUUGCCAGACAAGUCUGCGAACAGCUGGUGAACGGUCAAAUGAGCAGGAUUGACACGAUGUUAAACCAAAUCCCCAACGGGUACUAUUCCAACCGCAACAAUCCCGGUCCUCCUGGGCCACCUGGGCCCCCUGGCAGCUCUGGUCCUCGCGGUGAACAAGGGCCAACAGGGAGUAACGGCUUCCCAGGCUCCCCCGGGCUACCAGGCCGUCCCGGAGACAGAGGACCCGCAGGAGAGAAGGGUGAAAGAGGCAGUCCUGGAAUAGGAUCCCAGGGACAAAGAGGUUUAACCGGACCACCUGGCCCGCCGGGAGAUUCCCGAACUGGCCCGCCAGGCCCUCAAGGCUCUCCUGGACCUCGUGGUCCACCUGGUCGCCAGGGUUCUGCGGGAGUGAGAGGCCCGCCCGGACCCCCUGGGUACUGUGAUUCCUCGCAGUGCGUUGGCAUCCCUUACAAUGGACAAGGAUUCCCAGAACCUUACCCGCCUGAACACGAAACCUACGUAGUCCCAGUAAUUCCAGUGGAGCAGCCUGAAGAAACAGAAUUACAGUCAUCCGGUUACACACGAAACCAGCGUGGAAAGAGAUCACUCUCAAGCAAGAAUCCCCAGAGCAGGUCAUCCUAAAACAAAAGAGGGUUAGUUAAGUUGUUGUUUUUUUUACAAAAUUAUUUGCUAUUUUCACAAAUGCUAGCAUUAACACAACCUUGCUUGAAAUUUCUAAGGGUUUCAUACUCUUCUUUCAUUUGAUAUACCCUUGUGUGUGUGAAUAUAGCAAAAACUGGGGGGGGGAAGGACAAAGUAUAAAACGCCCACAUAUUAUUUCAUAAAACCCUGUGAGCUUGCUAUCUGUUCCCAUCAGUGUCUUUGCUUGUAAUAUAACUGCUUUGUUUGCUAAAGAGUCUAAUUCUUAAUGCACUCAUCAUGCCAGGUUCAGCAUUUGAAAACAUCCUAUAAGAGCAAAAUGUAUGUUCGCAGCAUGAGGGUAAUCAUCAAUAAGCGACAUGGAUCCUUCCACAUUUGUAAGAGUUCUGACAGUUCACCGCAAAUGACUGAUUGUAAUGAUGUUUGUUGAUGUACUGCAAUCAUAGAUUUUGCCUCUUUCACUGUCAUUGCAAAAGAGGACAGUUUGUACAAGAUCUACCUACAGUUCACCAAACUUCAAUACUCGAAUUAAACAUGACUUCAAGAUGGUUAUUUUAAACUAAAUAUUUAACAGUUUUAUUAUACCAACUCACAGCUGAUUUUACCAAAGGUGGAAUUGCAUGUCUGUGUUGUAUAUUUACUAUGGAUUUUUUUUUAUCAGAAUAUAGUUUUGUUUUAAUGUUUUUUUCCCAUAAUAUUCAAUGCAGUUGGAAUUUGUUUGCAAGACUAUGGCUAUAGAAUUGUUGCUUUCAUGUUUUUAACUGCAAAUUGUGAAUUUCACGGCCUUAUUUUCUUAUUUAUUUCUGAAACAGAAGAGGCAUU